UAUUUAGCAUUUAAAUAGUAGAACAAAGUGGAGAUUUUGUUAAAGUAAUUAUUAAAUAUUGAGAAAACCUAGCAUGUGUGAGACGUUCAUUGCGAAAGAAAAUAUAGUUAUUAAUAAAUAAAUUAUCAAAUAUAUGUAAGAAAAAAAAAAAACAAAAUGCUGUCUAUGAUUUAUUUGUUUUGCGCGCCAAUUUUAAUCCAUUUUGUGGCAUCUGUACCGGUAAAAGAUACAAGAUAUAUGACAGGAUAUAAUACAGGCUAUCUUUCAGAGUGUCCCGGUAAAGAAAACCCAGUAGAAAUUUCAGAGGAGAGUUUGAGAAAAAUCCGUAUUAAAGUCAUAGGAGCUAAAGCGACACGUCGUUCGAUAAGGAAGAAGUACAAUUAUUUUCAAAUUAAAGAGAUGGCCAAGGAUCCCACAAUGGAUUACCAUCGGAAGACCAUACUUUUUAUAAGUGGUUACUUUGAUAAUCCAGAUCAACCGCCAUCUAGAAUCUUAGAGAAUAGUUACAGAUCUUUGGGUUAUAACGUAUGGUUGGCUGACGUCUAUAAUUUUGUAAAAGACCCAUAUCCAAUAGUCACACGAAAUGCGCCUUACGUUGGACUUCGUGUUGGUGAAAUGUUAUAUAACUUGACUCUUCAGAAUGUUGGGUUUGACCCUAAGAAAUUGGAGUCUCUGGGCUUGAGUCUCGGUGGACAGAUCAUCAGCUUUAUGGCCAAGUCUUUUAAGGCAUUAUCGGGUACUAAGUUAAGCAAACUCACUGCUUUAGAUCCUACGGGAGCCUGUUUUAGAAGAUUAGGCCCAGAGGGAAGACUAGAUCAGAGUGACGCUGAUUAUGUGGAGGUAGUAAACACUAAUAUGGAUGGUUUAGGCAUGGCUACUCCUGUGGGCCAUGUCAAUUUCUACGUCAAUGGUGGAGAAUAUCAACUAUCUGAUGCAUACUGGAUGCCCUGUGAAUUGAUGUGUAGCCACAUUAGGGCCUACACGUUGUGGUACUCUGCAUUAAGUAACCCAAAUGGUUUCGUAGCAAUGAAAUGUGAUUCAGUGCAACAAGCUAGAGAUAAGGACUGUUAUGAUAGACAACCGUUAGUUACUAAUCUUCUGGGUCUCAAUGUAGACAAGACUAAACAUGGUAUAUUUUAUUUGGCCACAUACCAUAAUUAUCCUUACUACAUGGGUGAGAAGGGAUUGAAAAGAGAAUUUGAGCCUAUUUCAAAUGUACUUAAAGAAAUAAACAAAGAAGAUGUUCUUGUUGUAUAAAAUUGUGUAGUUAAAGUUAUAGCUAGGCCACACGAACGAAUCUUUUAUUUAUUUAUUUAUUUAUUCUUUAUUGUACACAAAAAAAAAAAUAUUACAUAUAAUAUAUAUAAAAUAAAGGUGUACAAUAGGCGAGCUUAACUCUGUAAGAGUUCUCUUCCAGCAAACCCUGAGUGGAAAGGAGCAUUAAUUAUUUAUUAGCGGGCAGUAUGCGUACAAUAAUAGAAGGAAACAUUAUUGA